AUGGGUUACCUCUACUACCUCUUCCACCCUUACCAGCUUCGAUCGAUCAUCCAAUGGAAGGUCUGGCAUGAUCCCGUCCACCAGCGCAAUCCCAGCACAGAGUCCCCAGAGCUGAAAGAAUGCUUUCGUUACCUCGAUAUGACAAGUCGCAGUUUUGCGGCUGUCAUCCAAGAGCUUAACCACGAACUCCUCGUCCCAAUCACUCUCUUCUACCUCUGCCUCCGUGGCCUAGACACCAUCGAGGAUGACAUGACCAUCCCGCUGGAUAAGAAGAUUCCCCUCCUUCGAAACUUCCACAUCACCAUGGAACAAGAUGGUUGGCAAUUCCAUGAGAGUCAGGAGAAGGACAAGGAGCUGCUGGAGCACUUCGAUGUGGUCAUUACAGAGCUCAAGAAGAUCAAGGCCCCCUACUACCAGAUCAUCAAGGAAAUGACUCGCCAGAUGGGCAAUGGCAUGGCCGACUAUGCCCAAAACGAGGAGAUGAUCAAGAAUGGUGUGCAGACUAUUGAGGAGUACGAGCUGUACUGCCAUUACGUCGCUGGUCUCGUUGGUGAAGGCCUAACACGUCUGUUCGUUGAGUCAGAGCUGGCUAACCCCAAGCUUGCUGAGCGUCCUUCUCUUACCGAGUCGAUGGCCCAGUUCCUCCAGAAGACCAACAUCAUUCGAGAUAUCCAUGAAGAUUGGCAAGAUGGCCGAAGAUGGUAUCCCAAGGAGAUCUGGAGCCAGCACGUCGACAAGUGGGAGGACCUGUUUGACCCCAGCCAGCAAACAAAGGCCCUAGAGUGUGUCUCAGCGAUGGUUCUCGAUGCGCUGAAGCACAGUGAGGAGUGUCUGUUCUACAUGGCGGGCAUCAAGGACCAGAGUGUUUUCAACUUUGUCGCUAUUCCUCAAGGCAUGGCCAUUGCGACAUUGGAGCUUGUCUUCCGCAAUCCUGAGGUCCUCAAGAGAAACGUCAAGAUCACAAAGGGUGAUGCCUGCAAGAUCAUGUUCGAGUGCACACAAAACCUCUACACAGUAUGUGAGGUCUUCAAACGAUAUGCCCGACAAAUCGCCAAGAAGAACGACCCCCGCGACCCCAACUUCCUUGCCAUCAGUGCUCAAUGUGCAAAGAUCGAGCAAUUCAUCGAGACUCUCUUCCCCAAGCAGGACCCCAAGAAGCUCUCGGUGACCCAGACCCAGGUGCAAAACAAGGAGCCAACUAUGGACGGAGGCGAGACUCUUGUUCUCUUCGGUGUUGUGAUUGCAGCCCUGGUCUGCAUUUCUGGUCUUAUGAUUGGUACCGCUUGGAUCUUCGGAGCCAGAUUCGAUACUAUCUUCAGGGAAGCCAGUGUCUUCCUACCAGGUGGCGAGAAGGCUACCCCCAUCAUCACGGGUCACGAAGAAUUGUAA